AUGGAUGAACUCUCUAUGUAUUUUGCAACUAGUAAUGAAACAUCGAAGUCCAAGCUGAAUGAAAAGUCAGCAAAAUCAUUCACAAGGCCAACUAAUUUUCGUAAUGACCCACAACAACGCAGAAGCUUCAGAGGUCAUAUUAAGAAAAAUAAAACUAUGGAUAACAGCUCAGAUAAUCCCCACAACCCGUUCCUUAACUUAAACUGUUCUCCCAAUAGUCGCAUAUGUGGUAGCUACAACUGUGGAAGUAUCUCUACAAAAAUGCCACAUAUUCUUCCUCCUGAGAUAGAAGAGGGGAAUAUUGAGUACAAACGGAAAUUAGUUGAUCCUACACCAAAUCGUUUUGAACAGCUUGUUACUCAAAUGAAAUGGCGUCUUAAUGAAGGUGGAGGCAAAGCCAUUUAUAAAUUAGGUGUAGAUGAUGAUGGUCAUGUCAGUGGACUUCGUCCAUCUGAAUUAAUCAGUUCGUUAACAACACUUGAACGAAUGGCAAAGCGUCUAAACUCUACUCUUCAUCCUCUCAGAGAGUGUGUUAUUGAACCAACAACUAUUUCAUCAGAUAAAGAAUGUCGUAAAGCUAUUGAAGUGCUUGUUCGUCUAGCGCCGACAACUAAUGAUGGUUCACCAGAUUUAUGUGUAGCUUUAGUUGGUGGAAUGGAUUCUGGGAAAUCAACAUUAAUUAGUGUAUUAACUGAUGGUGAAUUGGAUAAUGCACGUGGUAAAGCACGAUUAAAUUUAUUUCGUCAUUUACAUGAAGUACAAUCAGGUCGUACAAGUAGUUUAAGUCGUGAAUUAUUAGGUUUUGAUAUAAAUGGUAAUGUUACUAAUUAUAAAUAUGCUGAUGGUAGAGUUUAUCGACGUUCAACAGAAGAAGUUGUUCGAAUGUCAUCCAAUUUAUUAACUUUACUUGAUUUAGCUGGACAUUCAAAAUAUCAACGUACAACAUUAGCUGGUAUUGCUUGUAAUCAACCAAUGAUGGGUAUUUUAGUAAUAUCUGCAACUAUUGGUUUAAGUAGUAUAGGAUUAGAUCAUAUACAAUUAAUUUAUUCAUUAAAUUUACCAAUGAUUAUUGUAUUAACUAAAAUUGAUCAAUUAUCUAAUGGAAUAGAACAAAUGAAACGUAUUCAAGCAAUUUAUCGUCAAUUAGUAUAUCAAUUUAAACAAAUUCAAAAUGCAUGGUCUUAUAGUUUACCAUCAUCAGCGGCAUCACCAUUGAUAUCACGAACGAAUUCCGUUUUAAAUCAUUGUCAAUUGAAUUCAAUUAGGGGGGAUUUCAAUGAUGAUCAUUUUAUGCCACCUUUUUUUCCUGUUUCAUCUGUUACUGGUCAAGGUAUUGAUAACUUAAUGCAUUUUUUAAGUCGUCUAAGUUGUUUAAAUCAAUCACCACUGCCAGCAUUGUCUAUAUCAUCAUCAUCGACAACUGAUAGUCAAAGUUCAGAACAACAACAACUACAACAAUCUAUAGAAUUCAAUAAAUUCUCCAAUGAAAAUCAUAUUCAAUUAAUGUUUAAUAAAAUUCAUGAACAAAUGAAAAUCAUUAAAACAUAUCGUGAUUUUAAUGGAACAUUAUUUUGGAUUAAUCAAGUAUACACACAGAUACCUGGUGUUUCUAAUCCAGUUAUAGUUGGACGUGUACAACUUGGUCAAUUAUUAAAUAAUCAAAUAUUAUGGCUUGGACCAGAUCAAUUUGGUGAUUUCUAUCCAGUUCAAAUUGUUAGUUUAAUGCAUAAUCGUCAAGUACAUGAUAUUGUAUACGCUGGACAAUCAGCAUCAAUGGAAGUAUAUUUUUUACCAAAAUCAUGGAAUAGUAUGAAUGAUAAACAACGUCAAAACAUUUUACAUAGUAUAUCAUCAUCCACUUCAAUGUCAUUAACAUCAUCCUCUUACAGAACAAUGAAUGAUCAUAAAAAGUCAUUUUCAUUAUUCGGUAAUAGUAGUAAUGAUUACAAUGUUUGUAAUGGCGAUAAUGAUAACUGUACUGGAAAUGAAGAGAAUAUUCCACAGAAUAAUAAGAAGAAUGUCAACAGUCUAUCAUCACCGUCAGAUAUUUACCAAUUUUAUUCACCAAUAAAAUUACGUCGUGGAAUGAUUCUUCUCACUUAUCCAAUGUUAUCAACAACAUAUUCAUCGUUUAAAACAUCAUCACCACCUGGAUUAUUACCAUGUACCAUCGAUUCUUCCCCGCUAUCAUCAUCAUCUGAAUUUAUUUGGAAUGAACAAUUAAAAUCUAAACAUUAUAUUAAUUUCACUGUCGUAUGGACAGUUAAAUUGAAAUUAAUUCGUCGUCUACCUAUAGUAUCUUUUAAAUUAGGUAAUCCACCGGUAAUUUUAACACCAAUUCCAUCAAUUGGACAACGUGUAAGUAUUUAUGCUGGAUGUGUUUGUCAAACUGGUGUUGUACUAGAAACGAUACAUCAAUGUAAACAUGAACAAGAAAUGCAACAGAACAACUUGAAAGAUGAAAUGAUGAAUAAUAAUGAGAAUCAUUUCAAUGAUACAACUUAUAUUUUAUUACGUUUUACUCGUCAUCCAGAAUUAAUUGAAAUAGGUCGACAAUUUAUAUUAACAUGGAAUGGAAAUUUAAAAACUAUCGGUUAUGCUGUUGAAUUAAUUGAUCCAUUAAAACAUCAAUAUAAUCUUUCAUUGAAUACUCCUUCUAAUAAUGAUACAACUACUAUUGCCGAUAUUCACUCUCUCAAUGAUAUUCAUAAUUAUUCAAUGAUUAAUACAAUAGUAGAUCCUGUUUGUUGGAGUAAUCCUAAACAAAAUUCUUUAUCAUUUCAAGAAAAAGAUGAUUAUGAUUGGUCUACUAUACGAAUGUCUUUUAUUAAUCGAACAAUAACAAUGAAUUCAUUAUAUCAUUGUAAUAAUAAUAAUAAUAAUAAUAAUAAUAAUAAUAAUAAUGAAACAAUAGUUAAUGAUCCAUUUGGAUCUAUGGAUAAUUUACAUUCAUCGUCAUCAUCAUCUAAUUUACUAUCAUCAUCAUUACCAUCAUCAACUAUGGAAUGUCAUACUAAUCUAACAAAUAAUGAACAAUUGAAGAUGUCAAUAACGAAUUCUUUAAUUCCUAUUAAUCAUUUAACAAGUUUAUCAGAAUUAGUACAAGGUCAUGAUAUUGACGUCGACGACAACACUAAUGAUGAUGAUGAUAAUAAUAAUAAUAAUAAUACAAAUGAUGUCAAUAAUGUUAAACAAUCUUCUCAAUCAUCUAUUGUACAUCAAAAAUCAUCGAUAUCCUCAUCAAGAGGUGUCACAACAUCUACAUCCUCAUCUAAUAAUAAGAAUAAACGACAUCAUAGACGAAAACAGAAACGUUAAUUAUUAUUAGUUCUUUCAUGAUUUAUUUAUUUAUUUAUUGAUAGCUGAUUAGUCACUUAGCUCAGCUUACUAUUAUUAUUAUUAUUAUU